GUGAGUGACCUGUGAGCCCCUCCCGCCGUUGAAAUGAAGAGAAAGAACUCGGUGAAGAAACGCCAUGUGGUAGCAUGGAUCAACAAAGCUGAGUGGGACCAGGUACUGGAGUAUCUCUACUCAAAUGAUCCAUCCUUACAGAAGUACGCUCUGCAAAGGAUAUCUGCCUGGAAAAGCAGAUAUGCUAACAACUCCCCCGUGGCCGUGGACUGCACCGCCGACCUGGUCAGGUGUCAGGUACUGGACCGGUCAGGACAGCUGGACGGAGAUGACCUGGUCCUGCUUUACGGAACAGCCAUGGUCAGGUUUGUCAAUCUGAUCACUGAACGCCAGCAGGGGAAAGUUGCACGACCACUCAGGCGGCUGGCUGGCAAGUUGAACAUCCCAGAAUGGAUCGUGAAUCUAAGGCACGAUUUUACACAUCGGAAACUCCCGACCUUGAAGUGGUGUCGAAAGGGAUGCAAGGCGGUUCUGGAGUGGCUCCAGCAGGAGUACUGGUCCAGACAACUGGGAGGGGGCUCUAAUGAGGAGGCGUGGGAAUCCCAGUCAGAUAGAGAUGAUGAGGAGGCUUACUUAAAGUCCCAAGACGAUGAGCUUCUUGCAAGACAAAAAGAGGUGGAGGCUUACAAGAAUGCACGUGAACUUUUGAUAUCUUAUGAAAGGGAGCAGUACCAGGGCUUUGAUGGAGUUUCUGAAUAUAAAGAAAAGAGGUGCUCACCAGAACCCUUUGCAGAAAUGAACUGGAUUCUAGCUGAGAUCAAGCAGCUUGCUUUGGACUCAAGUGACCUGCUGAUUGAUGUGCUGUUGGAGGAUGGAUUUCUGGUGCCUACUGUUGAACAGCUGGAAACACUAGGCUGUGACCCUUCUAACAACACCAGCCCCUCUGCCCCCCGACUCCCUCAAAAUUUCUUGCGCUUUUGGCUGCCCCUCCUGAAGAUGCUUAAUUCACCAUCCUUUAUUCACCUGCUUCUGGAGAAGCUCUUUAUUGAACUGAAAAUGCUCUUCACUGAGCCAAAUAAUCACAAGGCUUACUAUAUCUCUGCUUGGAUCUCUGAAGUUUUCAUUUGUAACACUAAAAAGUUUGAGUACCAUUUUGAGACAAAGGGUCAGAAGAAGGCCAGAAUCAAGAGCAGUAUUUUUGUGAACCGCAUCCAGUUGAGGUGGCAGCAGCUGCUUUCUGCAUGCUUGGAUGCUCCAUGUGUUAGCACGCCUCACCUGCUCAAAUUAAUCCUGGAUGACAUGGAGCAUCCACUUCCUGUGGAAACCCGAGAGAGGCUGCUGCUGCUCUCCUCCAUCUACACUCAGACCACACGGCCAGAAUGUGACACCACUCCACAGCAGAAACAACAGCCCAUAUACACACUUGAUAGUUUACAUGAGAAGCUCCAGCACUCAAGACGAUGGCGAUCCAGGGCAGACUUUGAGAGGAGUGAGUCCCCUCACGAUUACAAGUGGGCAGAUGCUGAGGCAGAAAAAGCAAAGUUGCUCAGAGGCUCUCCAUGGCAAAUUUGUGCAGACAAAGUUUUGUGGAAAAACUAUCCCCUUGGUAAGGUACCUGGACAGUCAGAUGACCCUUCAUGCCUCAUGGUGGACACCUACUCAACGAUGACUGUCUUUGAUCAGCCAGUGGAGUUGGAGAGCACAGCACAACACAAUGUCCCAGGAGUCCCAGCCACAGUGAGAACAACUGAAGGCAUUCUUUGGAACCACAGUGACGUCAGCAAGCUGAAAUCUGGCCUGCAACUUUUUUAAGAUGAUUAAUGAUACUGUGAAAUGCAGGUUGUAAGGGGCAAGUUCAGUUUUGAUCUGAUGCUCUCUAUGGUUUUGACACUUGAGACCAACACAAACACAAAUGCUCAGAACAGGUAAAGAAAAGAGUCAGGUGUAGAAUGUGUAUUUUCUCUGGAUGUUGGAAGUUUGCAAAGUUUUUGUAAAACGAAUCUUUAUGAUGUCAUUAAUAUAGGCCUAUGUAAUUGACCAAGUUAAAAGUGAAUUGUGGUGUAGUUUGAUACAUGUGACACAUGGUGUAUUGACAGUCAGGUGCAUUUUUCUUAUGUUGCAUCCAUCCUUUUUGUGAACUACUUAGUCCUUGUGAGAAGUAUGGGGGUGCUGGAGCCUAUCGCGGCUACCAGUUGUUUUUUUUUUCAGCUAUUUUUGUUUUGUUUUCAGAGGGUUUCUGAAUAUAUGACAUUCAGUUAAAAUGGACUGGCAAAAUGCAUAUUGUAAUGUUAACAACAGAAGGUGUUUUUUUCUGUAAUGCAUUAUGGAUGUAUACUAAAUAAAAGCCUUUUGUCCUUAA